UCUAUGGACUCACAUCUCACACAUGUUGGGCUGUUGGUGGACAGAUUACGUGACUGUUUCAGGUAUUUGUUUUUGGGGAGGGGGGUGCCGGACGUUUUACGUUGUGUGAUCAUGUACAGGGAGCUGCCGCGCACCGAGAGCAGCGAAUGCCUGGGAAAUAUGACCCCAGAGACGCAGGAUAUCUACCUGAGGAUGGACCACCUCAGACGGCGCUCCGGGUACAGGCUGGGCAGGAUCAUUGCCCGCCAGCAGCUGCUUAACAGGAUAGCGGCAGAAAUCGAGGCAAAGGAAGCUUGUGACUGGCUACGAGCGGCAGGAUUCCCCCAGUACGUCCAGCUCUUUGAAGAUUCUCAAUUUCCAAUUGACAUCUCUCCUGUGAAGAAAGAUCAUGACUUCUUGGACAAAGACCUUGUGGAACCUCUAUGUCGGCGACUGAAUACAUUAAACAAGUGUGCCUCUAUGAAACUUGACGUGAACCUUCCUAAGAAAAAAAGUGAAGAUUCAGAUGAAGAUGACCUCUUUGCCAUCAGUGACAAAUGGACCUUUGAAUGGAGCAGUCGCCGCUGGUCCAGGCUCCAAGACAUCGAUUGCCUGCUGAGGGGCGUGGAGAACAAGAACCCAGGGGAAAACUCUGCCCUGCGGACAACGACCAGCAGCGAGAGCGUUCUGACAGACUUGAGCGAGCCAGAGAUCUCUUCCCUCCAUAGCGAGAGCAGCGGCGGCAGUGGUGGCGUUCGUGUGCAUAGUGCGGAAGACUCGGACAGCUCACACCGCGCCUGCUCGGACUCUGCAGCCAUGCCUGACCCCACAUCACUAGGUGUGACCCAUCUCUCUUCAGAACUUUCAAGCUACAGUUUGCUGCCUGUAAAGCAUGGCAAGCGAGCACGGACACGAGCUAAGGAGUUCUUACGGCGCAUGGAAGCUUUGCAGUUACGUGGAGCAAUGGGUGGCGGAGGGAACAGGAGUCUUGUUAUAAGUAUCCCGGUUCUCCAACAAGAACCCCAGACUGUAAAAACUCUCCGCUGUGUGGAGAUCAUCAAUGGAGACAUGCGUCUUGCAGAGCCACCUUCCGGCAUAGGGUUGCCCUCCCAGUCUAGCAGUGAAGGGAGCAGCAGCCAGUCCAGUGGGAGUGCCGUCAGUACGCCAAACAUGAAGGAACGCAACAUCCACCGGGCUGAUCACAAGCGCAGUGGGAUGUACCUGGAGGACUUGGAUGUGUUCUCCAGUCUCAUCCAGGGUAAGCGUGUGGCUGAGCAGAACCGACGCAAUGAGUUCCACUCCUACGAGGACCUGGUGGUGCAUAUUCCUAAAGAUCACAAGCCUGGAACCUUUCCCAAAGCUCUGUCCAUCGAGAGUCUUUCACCCUCAACGGCAACCUCCAUCAACUGGCACUUGGCAAGCAUGGACUCGGAUGUUCAGCAUCCACCUAGCUUCAAAGAACCUCGACCUGUCACACAGUGCUGCAACCGAGGCAGUCGGAUCAGCAUUUACGACAAUGUACCCAGCUCGCACCUCUAUGCCAGCACCGGCGACCUCAUAGACUUGGAAAAGGAAGACCUUUUUCCACAUUUGGAUGAUAUUCUGCAGCAUGUUAAUGGGCUGCAACAGAUCGUGGACCACUGGUCCAAGAAUGUAUUGCCUAAUAGUGAAAACGCGGGGAAGGAACGAGUUGAACUUGUUGGCGAAAGGCAAGGCGACCUGCAAUCAUCCAGCCAGAUCACAUUGGAUUUUGAGGAACAUUCAAUGCAGGAGGGUCAGGCAACCCCUAAUGAUGUAGACAGGGAUGGGGUGUCACUUAAUGAAACAGAAUCCACAGGAAUGAGGGAAAGGAGAGACUCAGGGGUCGGGGCUUCACUUACCAGACCAAGACGCUUGCGAUGGCCUAGCUUCCAGAUUUCCAACCGCCUCAGCCAUUCGGUCGCCUCUCUCCAGAUCACCAGCCAAUCUGCGGCCCAGCUUAGCCUGCUACAGAAAUUUUCCUUGCUCCGUCUCACUGCCAUUAUGGAGAAGUACUCGAUGUCCAACAAACAUGGCUGGACCUGGUCUGUGCCAAAGUUUAUGAAGAGGAUGAAGGUUCCAGACUAUAAGGAUAAGAAUGUGUUCGGGGUUCCACUGAUUGUGCAUGUGCAACGCUUUGGUCAACCUUUACCUCUUGGUGUCCAGCAGGCUUUGCGCUACCUCAGGAGCCAAUGCCUUGAUCAGGUGGGUCUUUUUCGUAAGUCAGGAGUGAAGUCUCGUAUCCAAGCUCUCAGACAGAUGAAUGAGAAUUCUCCAGAUGAUGUCAACUAUGAAGACCAGUCUGCGUAUGAUGUGGCCGACAUGGUCAAACAGUUCUUCAGGGAUCUGCCUGAGCCACUUCUGACCAGCAAACUGGGUGAAACCUUCCUCCACAUUUACCAAUAUGUGCCCAAAGAGCAGCGCUUGCAGGCUGUGCAGACGGCCAUCAUGCUGAUGUCAGAUGAAAACAGAGAGGUACUGCAAACACUGCUCUGCUUCCUGAGCGAUGUCACAUCCUCAGUGCAAGAGAAUCAAAUGACGCCUAUGAACAUUGCAGUGUGUCUGGCACCUUCACUUUUUCAUCUCAACAUCCUGAAGAAGGACAAUCUUGCACCAAGAGCUAUGCAGAUGCAGAAAAAGUAUGCUACAGGGAGGCCAGACCAAAAGGACCUGAAUGAAAACCUGGCUGCCACUCAGGGCCUGGUACACAUGAUCACAGAGUGUAACCGCAUGUUUGAGAUUCCACAUGAAAUGGUGACACAAUCACGAAACUCCUACGUGGAGGCCGAACUUCAGGCUCCCACGAUUGAGGAGCUCUGCAAGCGGCAACAUCAAGAGGAAGAGGGGGAAGAUGAAGGCUCUUGGCCUGCAUUCAUGGAGGCCAGGCUACAGGGUCUCCUCAAAGAAUCACGGGAAAAGGCCAAAGGUUGGGUGUCCUGUCAGAGCACCGGCAACACAGAGCUGUCCUAUGGCAUCAGAGCUAUAGUGAUGGAAUCCAAUUACUUACUGGAGCCCUGUGGCUCUGGCAAGUCCAGACUCACCCACAUCUGCAGAGUGGACCUGAAGGGGAGAACUCCGGACUGGUAUAACAAAGCAUUCGGACACCUUUGCGCCACUGAAGCUGCUCGUAUUCGCAAUUCCUUCCAGCCAAUCCACACAGAGGGUCCAGAAACAAAAAUUUGAGCCCUUGUUAUCAUUCUGGAAACAGAAAUCUCAGUUCUGUGACUCUAUAAACCCUGAGAAAUGUCUGCCCUUUUGCACAAUGGGCAGAGUUGCCUGGUCUGGGUAAUAAACCCAAAUGGGAAUGUUCGUCAACUUACCAAUGUACCUUUAGCUUGUUAAUUUUUAAUAUUCUCUUAUUGUAACUAUUGUUAUUUGUAUUAUAAUUAAUUAUUUUAUUCUUUUAUAUGAUCUUAUACAAUGUAUAGGACACCUAAGCUCUUAAGUGCUUCUGGGAAGCAUAUAUUUUAUUUAAUUAAAAAAGAAAUCUAUAUUUGCACAUGCAUGCACUGCAUGUCCAUGUAUGUGUUUGUUUGUAUUUGUGUGUAUCUACACACACAUCUUGUAUAGACUAUAUAUAUAUAUUUAAAUGCUCAUGUAGUAUAAAUAUUAUGUAUACAUGUGUCUGACAUCUCCUUUUGCACAGAUAUCAGUUUAAUUCAUAUGGUACAAAAUGUUACUCUGUUUGUCCAUGAAUGGGUGUAAUAUUAUGGAAUUUUCACUUGCUUGUUUUAAAGGAUUGACAAAAUGACUUGGGUUUGAUUUUCUCAGAUCUGCUUUUAUAGUACUGGAUUACAUUAAUGAUAAAGAGAUGAUGAUUUUUAAUUAA